AUGGACUGCAACCCAUUAGCCAGUAUUUCAGCCGAACAGGGCUUCAAGGUGAGUGCCGCCGAAGUUUAUAAUGCAGCAUCCACUUGUCAGGUUGCCAUUCAAACGAGAGCAGUGAGGAAAAGACUGCGUAGAUAUUUAUCGCGUCUGGACCAGUCAAAUUUCGACCUAGCCUUCCCACAAUUCGCUCUCAACAGUCCCAUCGUCGUAUUGCUAGAUGAUAACUGGAUGGACGAGAAGUUGGCGAUCGAGCAACUACUAUGGCAGUCGACUGACUCGAUGACGGAACUUGCCCUCUGGAAUGGAGGACCCGUGCGCGGAGAGGGAAUAAGAAGUUUUCUCAAUGCAUUUGUCAGCAUGCCUCUGGUGAAUGUGGUAUCAGUGGACUUCAGCGAUCAAUGUCUCAAUCUGGCGGAUUAUUUUAAUCACUUUGGAAGCAAUCAUCUGCCCAGAUUGCGUCGUCUAAGCCUGAGUCUGUGCCACGUGAGGAAUGUGCUCAGUACGGCGUGCGUUGAGAGGGAGGUGGGUUGUUUUCCAUCACUGGACUAUGCGAGUGUCCGUUUUGUGGAAGGUUACUGUCGUAGUUGUUAUUGUGAAGUGCUACGUCAUCUGAGGAACACUAGACAGCUUGCCUUGUUGGGUGGACUUCCAUCGAUUGUUCAAACACCCUGCUGUCCAGAUGAAGUGCACAUUUACUUCCAAAAUCUUCGUAAACUACGAGUAUCUUUGAGGUUUUUGCUUAGAGAUGAAUGGCAAGAGAGAAUCCGAUUUCCCAAUCUUGAAGUUGUGGUUCUGAACUGGCCCGAAGUGUCUGUGUACCUCAGACAUAAGUCGAAGUGCAAUUCCUUGUUCCCGGGUGCUCAAAUACACUUUUCCCUCUCGAAGGAACACCAAGGCAAUACCCUCAAUGACUGCCGAGCCUGUGAUUGCCGUACAAGUCCUGAUAUGACCUUGGCAUUCGCGGCUCCCAAUGACUGGUCGUCAUGCCCAUCGGGAGUGAGGUUCGGAGGUUGCAGUGAACUCUACCUCAGUGAUGACCUGAUUGUUCCACUCUCCCUCAGGGAAGUUAAACUGCAAUUUUGUCUUGAACCCAUCAUCAAUGGUCGUCGUCGUCUUGGCGAGGCCCUUGAGAGGAGUGACAUUGAAGAGAUCAUUGUGAAGGGUGAUGUGGGCAUUUCUCACCUUCGAUGCACCGUAACUUCAAUGAACGGAUCUAUUACGAUAUCACUGAAUGAGAGACCUCCUAGGGCAAGCGUGACGCACGACUUUGGGGUGGUAGUCAGGCUGAAAUUCCUGCCUCUUUUGGCUGUUCAGCGGAACACACUCGUCUCACUUGACAUUUCAGCAGAGUUGCUCCUUGGUUGUCUUAGAGAUGACCAGUCGAUGGAACAAAUUGUGGGUCUUCGUGGUCAGCUGUCAAAUGUGCGUCAGUUGGUAGUCAUCUGUGGAUCAUUACUGAGUCCUGACUUCUUCAUCAAGGAAAUAAUUUCAAUUGCUGACCUCCGACCCUUUCUGGAGAUGUUUCCAUCUCUUGAAUACCUUGAAGUGGAUAAAAAGGGUACUUUCAGAGGGCUACCAUUGAUGAUUUCUGCGGUGUUUGUUCAUGCUUGA